AAAAAGUAUAACCAUAGGCUUUUGCUUUAAUAUCAUGUCCACCCUUCUCCUAACAUCGUUAUGCGUAACGCUAUUUUUUGUGCCGCAACAAACAAAUGCAGCUCGAGCGUUCUUCGUCUUUGGCGACUCACUCGUGGACAGUGGUAAUAACAAUUACUUAGUCACCACCGCUCGUGCCGACUCUCCUCCGUACGGAAUCGAUUAUCCCACUGGUCGUGCAACGGGUCGUUUCUCCAACGGCUUAAACCUCCCUGACAUCAUCAGUGAGCAAAUUGGAUCUGAGCCAACAUUACCAAUCCUUAGCCCUGAGCUCACCGGAGAGAAGCUAUUGAUCGGAGCUAAUUUUGCCUCUGCCGGCAUCGGAAUUCUCAACGACACCGGUGUUCAGUUUUUGAACAUACUAAGGAUCGGUAGGCAAUUCGAGCUGUUCCAAGAAUAUCAAGAGAGAGUGAGUGAGAUUAUAGGUUCAGACAAAACACAACAGCUUGUAAAUGGAGCUCUAAUCCUCAUGACUCUUGGUGGAAACGAUUUCGUCAACAACUACUUCUUGCCAUUCUCUGCUAGAGGUCGACAAUCAUCUCUCAGCGAAUUUAGCCAGCUUCUCAUCUCCGAAUACAAGAAAAUACUCAUGAGACUGUAUGAGCUGGGAGCAAGGAGGGUAAUGGUUACGGGAACAGGACCGUUGGGUUGCGUACCGGCCGAGCUUGCUUCAUCUGGCAGUGCAAACGGAGAAUGUGCACCCGAGGCACAACAGGCUGCAGCGAUAUUUAAUCCGCUUUUGGAUCAAAUGCUUCAAGGACUUAACCGUCAAAUCGGUUCUGAUGUUUUCAUUGGGGCUAAUGCGUUCAAUAUGAAUGCAGAUUUCAUAAAAAAUCCCCAGAGAUUUGGUUUCGUGACGUCCAAGGUAGCGUGUUGCGGACAAGGAGCAUACAACGGACAAGGUGUUUGCACCCCGUUGUCGAGCUUAUGUCCUGACCGUAACGCAUAUGCAUUUUGGGACCCUUUCCAUCCGACUGAGAAAGCUACCCGACUCAUCGUCCAACAGAUCAUGACUGGUUCGGUUGAGUACAUGAAUCCCAUGAACCUUAGCACGAUCAUGGAGUUAGAUUCCAGAAUAUAAUCAAGGAAGCAAUCUUUUCAGUAUACAUAAAACACGAUGUCCAGUAUGCAAAUGUAAUUUAAAUAUAUCUAUUUGAUUUUUUAUUACUACUUAAUUAUCCUUAUGUUGUUUAUUAAUUUUCCAACUUUUCAUAUAUAAUAAAAGAUUGUC